UAUGCCCCAUUUCCUAACUAGUUGGACUAGGAAAAGAUCAGAAGAAAAAUUAAGCCAAAGCCACGGCCAGCUCCUACCUCUUUCUCUUUCUCUCUCUUUCACACUGGCCACUCCCCUCUAUUUACAUGCCUUUUUACACGGAAUUUCAUUGCACUGUUUUUUCAUUGUGCCCCCACAAAUACGUAGCCAUCACGUGGGUUAAACUGUAAUUUCCUCUUCCAAACUCACCAAUCACUUCUGCACAAGCCGCCUCAUAACCCAGUUUCCCACACUCACCUAGACAGAAAGAGCUAAAUCGAAGUUGGCUUUAAGCCUUUAAGAGAGAGAGAAGAGAGAGAAGAGAGAGAAGGAAGAGUUGCAUUUUAAGGCACUUUAAAGAGACUAAACUAAAGACUAAAAAUGAGUGAGCUUUAAAGACUAGAAGAUAUAGAAAGAUUCGAAAGAGAGAGAGAGAGAAAGAGGGAUUGGCUUAAUGAACAUGCCAAAAGAGUGGAGAAUUGAAGAGUUGAACUCCCUGGGAAUGGCAAGUUGAGUUAGGGUUUCGAAAUUCGCAUCCACUGCUUCUAACAGAGUAUAAGCCUGUUAUAAGAUCAUUAGUUGCAAUAGUACCGACAAAAAAACGAUACCGUAACCUCGCCGGAACAAGGGAAAACAAAGGGUUUAUCUUGCAAUUUGGCAACUUCAACAAAAUGUUGGAAUACGAAUGGGGAAACCCGUCAGCAAUAAUACUAUCGGGUGAAGAGCCCAACCAAGAAACCGACCCGAACCGUCAGAUUUUCGAUCACUAUGCCACCACCACCACGACCCAGCAAUCUUUCAACGACACUCUCCUUUCCCAUCAACACAGCACUGCCUUUACUCACCAAAACCAUUUCCAUAACCCUAACCAACCUCAAGCUCAACCUCAUCCCCACACCCAUCUUCACUCCCUUUAUGACCCACGAGCCUACUCUGGCGCGUCGGCUUACUCCACACCCCACCCUUCCUUUCUGUCCCUGGACCAUGUUUCCGAAGCCGGAGGAAGCGGAGGUGCUUACUUUCUGGUUCCGAAGACGGAGGAAGUUUCUAGGCCUGUUGACUUUACAGCGAGGAUUGGACUCAACUUAGGUGGCCGUACGUAUUUUUCCUCUGCCGAGGAUGACUUUGUAAACCGGCUUUAUCGCAGGUCUAGAACGGGAGAUCCCAGCUCGAACAACUCCCCCAGGUGCCAAGCUGAGGGUUGCAAUGCUGAUCUUACCCAUGCUAAGCACUACCACCGCCGCCAUAAAGUCUGCGAGUUCCAUUCCAAGGCCUCCACAGUCAUCGCCGGCGGUUUGACUCAACGAUUCUGCCAGCAGUGCAGCAGGUUUCAUCUUCUCUUAGAAUUCGACAAUGGAAAGCGUAGCUGUCGAAAGAGAUUGGCCGAUCACAAUCGUCGCAGGCGAAAAUCUCAACAACAACCCAACAAUCAAGAAAACCAGACGCACAACAUCCCGCUUGAAAAUGGCCGCAAUUCCACCUCUGAUAACCCCCCAAGGUCACCGCCGGAUUCUGGGAUUCAGUCUUCUUCAUCAGUAACCGUGGCAGUUUCGCCACCGCGAAUGGCAUUGGAUUCUUUCAGGCAAAGACCUUACAAUGCAACGGCAUCUUCAUCAUCAUCAAGCACACUUUUUUUCUCGGGUAAUUAGUACUAAUAAGUAGUGGUAUUGAACAAUAUGGAGAUCGAAGAGAAACCAAGAAAUUAGCUUUUGCAAUAACAAGUUGAAUGUCUCUAGUACUAUUCUUCUCCUCUCUUACCUCAGAAAUUUCAAUGUUUAUUAUCAGUUGGUGUUAUUAGCUUAAAUUUUAAUGUUUAAUAUCGUCAACAAAUUUGGACUAAUUGAGCAUCUAACAUAUUUUAUUUUUUUCGCUGCAAUAUAUAUAUUUGUUCCAAUCAUUAUGUAACUAAUAUUUUAAUUAUUUGCAGUGUUUGUAUUAAUUAAUUCUCUGCACGGUAUAAAUUUUACCGAUGGUAAAGUGAAAUUUUGGUUUAAAAAAUUUUCUUUUGAGGUGGUAAAUUUAGUCAGGAACAGGCUGUGUACUUUGCAGGUUUAUUUUUACAUUUUGGGAAUGGAAUUACGACCUUUUUAUCUGGUACUGGAAUUUUUCCGGAAAAUGCAAUGUACAACUGUAUAUAUGAAGAAAGAGAAGAAAAAAAAGAAUCCAACGGAACAGCC